AUGGACAAAUCGCUUAAGGACCUUGGCAACUCGGUCAAGCGCGUGCGCAGGACCGCCAAAAAUGAAUUGCUGCUAGAGCUUAAAAAGGCUUCAGAAAGUAACACGGUGGGCUUUCAAUCAGCAGUGAUUAGCGUGCUUGGUGACUCAGUACGUGUGGCAGCACUGACUCAUAGCAAAACGGUGGUCAUCAAAGACCUGGAUGAAAUCACGUCUGAACAAGAGAUUUGCGAAACUCUUCGUCUGGGAAGUGGCAUAAAUAACUUGGAGAAAGGCAAUGUCCGUAUGGUGGGCGGUAAGCAACGGGGCUUACAAAUAGCGUUUGUAAAGCUCGCGGCGUCAGAUGCCGAUAAAUUGCUAAACACUGGGAAAAUUCGCAUCGGCUGGUCAAUCUGCCGAAUCAUGGAAUGUGUGGAGCCGAAACGCUGUAUAAAAUGCUGGCGUUUUGGUCACAUAGCUGCAAACUGUAAAUUUCCGGAAGAUCGUAGUAAGUCUUGCCGAGGAUGUGGUGAGGAAGGCCAUUUUGCUGCUGCAUGCAGCAAGGACAGCAAAUGUAUUCUAUGUGGAGGCAAGCACGCUGUUGGAAACGCUCGCUGUCCAGAGUUCAAGAAGGCGGUAGAGAAAGUGCGCAAAUGA